AAUUAUACCGUGUUUCCUUUUCAUUGUGACGUCAUCGAAUUUUUAACUUAACGCCGGUCAUUGUUUGUUGCGUAUGGCUGCAUGUACAUACAUAAUAUAUACAUACGUAUGUAAUCUGGAAGCAUAGUGCCACCGCAUUGCAAUCACUGUCAUCAUGGCAACGUUAAUGUUCUCCCUAACGUUCCUGCCGCUUCGACACGCCAGGUCGAAACUAUUAGCUUUCCCUAAGUCACGAAUCAACUGUUUCUUGAUCGGUAAAAAAUCGAUCGCUUGCUACUCCAAUCAAGCCUCAACAUAUGAUUUAAUCGUUAUCGGCGGAGGUUCAGGUGGCUUAGCCGCUGCCAAGGAAGCUGUUCAACUUGGAGCUAACGUUGUAGUGUUGGACUAUGUCACCCCUUCACCCCAGGGUACCAAAUGGGGUCUUGGUGGAACAUGCGUUAAUGUUGGUUGUAUUCCGAAAAAAUUGAUGCAUCAGGCAGCUUUACUUGGUGAAGCAAUUCAUGAAUCUGUUGCUUAUGGAUGGCAAGUACCGAAUUCAAGAGCUAUACGACACGACUGGCAAACCUUGAAGACUGCUGUGCAAAAUCAUAUCAAGUCAGUCAAUUGGGUUACUCGUGUUGAACUAAGAAACAGAAAAGUUGAAUAUUUAAAUGCUCAGGGUUAUUUCAAAGAUGCCACCACAGUUGUCGGAGUUAUGAAAAAUGGAGAAGAAAAGGUUGUAUCUGCCAAGUAUAUCUUGAUCGCCGUCGGUGGUAGGCCGAAAUACCCAGAUGUACCUGGAGCUAAGGAAUACGGUAUUACCAGCGAUGAUAUUUUCAGUUUAAGUCAGGCACCUGGCAAAACCUUAAUCGUUGGUGCUGGAUAUAUUGGGUUAGAGUGUGCAGGAUUUUUGAAUGGACUUGGUUAUGAUACAACAGUCAUGGUGCGUUCUGUUGUACUGAGAGGAUUUGACAAACAGAUGGCAAAUAUGGUAGCAGACGAAAUGCAAGAUCGUGGUGUUCGCUUCAUUUAUAAGGCUAAGCUCAAGGCUAUCGAAAAACAGGAUGACGGACGUCUGCUUGUCCAUUGGGUGGAUCGUGAUGGAGGUUUAUAUCACGAUGCUUAUGACACUGUACUUUUUGCUAUCGGACGCCGAUCACUGACCGAAGAACUGAAACCUGAGAAUGCCGGUCUCGAACUUGUCCCGGAUACUGGAAAAAUUAAAACUGUCAACGAGCAGACCAACAUCUCCAACAUUUAUGCUGUCGGCGAUGUACUCCACGAAAAGCCAGAACUUACCCCAGUCGCGAUUCAUGCUGGCCGACUCUUGGCUAAGAGGUUAUUCAGUUCCUGUGAUGAGAAGAUGGAGUACACAAACAUUGCAACUACCGUUUUUAGCCCCCUCGAAUACAGUUGUGUUGGACUAAGCGAAGAGGAAGCCAUCCACAUACAUGGGGAACACUUUGUAGACGUCUACCAUGCCUACUACAAGCCAACAGAAUUUUUUAUACCGCAGAAAAAUGUUAGUCAUUGUUACUUGAAAGUCGUCACUCUACGAACUAACAAGUCGGAAGUCCUUGGAAUGCACUUUAUUGGCCCUAAUGCUGGCGAAGUUAUUCAAGGCUUUGCUGCAGCUAUGAAAUGCAAUUUGACUUACCCAUUACUCAAGUCCACUGUCGGGAUUCACCCAACAACAGCUGAGGAAUUCACAAGAAUAAGUAUCACAAAGCGAUCUGGGAUGGAUCCGACACCACAGAGUUGCUGCAGUUAGAGCAACAUUAGCAAAGAUAAUUGAACUUCUGAUGACUGUUUCCUGUAGGCUCAGCAUCAUCUAAUAUUGGCAUUUGUUAUUCUGCCAUGCUGCGAUAAGGAAAAUAGUUAUUAGCAAGAUCACAAUUGACACUUUUUUCUAUCACUCAUUUAGAUAUUACCUUGCAUAAUGAGUUGUAAGGCUGCAAGCAUGUUGUAUCUAUCAUACUCUGUAGCAUCGUAUAAGAUUGUAUGCACAAUGAAAGACAUUAACGCCAGUGCAUAAAUAAAUGAAACGUACUUUCCACAGCAAACUGCUGUUAUGCAAUACUGUGCAUAGCAGAAUGAUGUCAUUUUACGUCAUGAUUUAUUCAGGUAACUUUGUCAAAUUUCAAUAUCAAUGGAAUAGGUACAAGAUUCAGGUAUAGAGAGAGUUUUGGAUCAUAUUCUUUAAGAAUCGUUACAAUUUUUUUUAUUUUCAUUGUUUUACUUAUUAGAAACUGGUGUCUGGGACAAAAUAAAUUUUGAAUAAUUAUUACAGUGUGGCAUGUAAAAUAAACAAUAUUUAA